CGAUCACUGCUCUUGAAGCGCUGCUGUGCCGGCAAGUCCAACAAAGAGGAGCAACUGCGGCGCUUGCUGAGGGAGCUCUCACAAGCCGAGUGCCCCUACCUGGCCAAGUUUUACGGUGCCUGUUGGGACGCUGAGCCAGUGUACCUGGUGAUGGAGUACAUGUCUGGUGGCGACCUGGAAAGAUACUUGAGGAGCAAACGGCAGGAGCUGCAUCGACCUUGGGCACCACCGAGGUCAUUGCUGCUUAGCUGGGCAACAAGUGCUGCUGGUGCAGUAGCCUUCCUUGCCGGGCUCUCUCCUCCGAUUGCGCACGGGAAUUUGAGACCGUCAAACCUUCUGCUGUGUACAAGCCUGGCUUUGCGCCUGAGCCCAUCGGGAGCCCUUGCACCGAUUGAGCACAGGCACCAGGCAGAGGUUGGUGCUCCCAGUUUGGAGAGCUGCCUGUAUUCUGCGCCUGAGGUCUUGGCAGGCGAGCCCUGCGAUGAGGUUGGCAAGUGCAUUGCGGCCGAUGUCUUUGCGCUCGGCCUCGUACUUUGGCUCAUGUGCACAGGAAUUCGUCCGUUUCAACACUUGGACAACGAUGGCACGCACAAGCCGUCUGACCACGUCAUGGAGGCUUUCACUGGGCAGAGAAUUACGGCGGCUUGCUUCGUAGCCCUGAAUAUCACUUGUGGCAGGGAGGAGCAACAAGCACAGAAAGACCCCACAAGAAAGAACAAGCAAAGGCGCAACGGGAACCCGCACGCUCAGGCAUGGCACGAGAAGCCAGAGGAACGACCCAAGCCUUCGGAGGUCCUGCGAAUGUUGCAGGAGAUCCAGGCUAGAAGGGGCCAUGCCGUCCCAGAGUCAGUGCUGCAGUGCAAUGUGAGGCUCCUUAUGGGGUUCGUGUUCAUGAUCUUCUUUGGACAUGUGGUUGUGGUUCUCGACAGCACAGGAUUGAUUGGUCUUCAGGUGGCCCUGCUCGCGCCGAAUUUGAUUUCCGUUGCAGCAGCAUCUUCACUCGCCUGCUGUUGGUCACUGCUUCCAGCGCCGACGCCGCACUCCCCGAUACCGCGAACUUUGAGUCCGAGUCCAAGCGUACUCAGCUUCCCGCUUCUGGAUGAGGAGGACGUGGAAACUCCGGUCGAGGAGGAAGCCAUCCCAAAGCCAGCAGGACUGACAAGUGGUCCUUGCACCAUGUCCGCAUCUUACAAUUGCUGCGGCAAUUGUGCGCACGAAAAACUGCAGUCAGAAAAGGCAAUUUGGUUGCUGGGCUUCUGGCGUGGUCUCCUACUGGGGGUGCUUCAUGCCUUUCAGUCCGUCACCAACGACUGGCUUGUUUCCUUGGGCCACACUCACACUGAGGCUGGUUCUGUGGUUGCAGCAAAUCAGAUGAUCGCCUUGUUUCUGAUGCCCUUUGUAGCGAUGGCCGGAUAUUGCAUUGGAAUGCGCUACAUGCUUGUGGUCAUCUCUUUGCUUCCCUUUGUGGGAGCGUUGGCGCUGUUCGCGGCUUGUCCUGUACUGCUGGAAGCAGGCCUUCUUGCCAUUGCGGUCGCAGCGACUGUUAUGCCCGUUCUCCCACUUGUACUGGUACCUGCCAACAGCCGCUCUUGCGGGAGGUCCUUUGGCCUGCUCGAUUCACUCUAUGGGCUGGGCCAGGCCACCUUUACCGUUACAAUCGGUGCCUGCCGCAAGGAAGGGGGCUUUGACUUGGCCCUGCCCUUCGUGUGUGCGGCGUUUGCCGCUGCUGCCUUGCUCUCUGUUUGGGUGGCGCAGGUCGUACGUGUUUGA